AAGAUAAAGGUUAAAAAGAGAUCAUUGCCGCCAGGUGGAACUGGAAGCGAAGCCCAAACCUACGGAACCUAAAAACAUCAAGUUUUUAGAAUUCCUUUAUUCCUAUUACUGAGCGACCAUGGCAGAGUACAAGCUGGAAAUAACGAGAGGAAAAAUGUUCUUUGCCGGAACAUUUGACCGUAUCCUCGUCACCUUGCUUGGAAGUGACGGGCAGAGCGAGAAAACGGACUUGAAUAACUGGGGUGUUGACUUUAUGACUGGGAAGACUGUGACGUACACCAUCAAAACCAUUUCCUCUCUGGGCAAACUUCUGCUGGUUAAGUUGGAGAAAGGCCCACGUUUUUUCCUCCCCGAACGCGAGUGGUUCUGCUCUAAAAUAGUGGUGACCACGCCAGAAGGAGAGACCCUUCUUUUCCCGUGUUACCGAUGGCUUUGCAAUCAUGAGAAAAUGGAGCUGAGAGGAGGAAAAGCCAUGAAGGCUUUUGAAGACGAGCACCCGUUGUUGAUUGAGCACCGCAAAAAUGAGCUGGCGUCUAAAAAGAGCCACUUCCAAUGGGCCUCAAUCAAUGAAAGACUUCCUUCCCACAACACUUUCGCGACAUCGAGUGUCCCUGCUGAAGUUCGCAUGUCAGUGUCUAGAAUAAGUGAGUCAAAGAAGGCCUUGUACUCUGGGGUCUUAGAACUCAAGAUGAAGGGGAUGCUUGGAUGUGAGGAAAGUUGGCAAAGCAUGGAAGACAUGAAAAGAAUCAUCUGGACCAGAAAGACAAAAAUAUCAGAGUAUGUUUCCGAGCACUGGAAGGAAGAUGACUUUUAUGGAUCCCAGUUCCUGAACGGUCUCAACCCUUGUUUGAUCAGACGCUGUUCAGAACUUCCCCCAAAUUUCCCAGUCACCGAGGAAAUGGUGAAGCCGUUCCUGGAGAAAGAUAGUAGUCUGAACAAUGACAUGAAGAAAGGAAAUAUCUUCCUCUAUGACCAGAAGAGGUUGAGCGGAAUACCUGGGAAACUAUAUCAUGGGGAAAAACUGUCAGUGCCUGCUCCUCUCUGUCUAUUGUACCUGAACCCUGAGAAAAAACUGCUACCAAUUGCAAUACAGGUGCAUCAACAACCCUCAAAAGAGAAUCCGAUUUUUCUGCCCAGUGAUUCGGAGACAGACUGGCUUCUCGCCAAGAUAUUUGUCACAAAUACUAACAUGAUGACUCACCAGGCCAUCUCCCACCUGAAGAACACUCACUUUGUCGUCGAGCCCUGGGCCAUUAGCCUCCUCCGCAACCUUUCUGCGAUUCAUCCCAUUUACAAGUUGCUCAUUUCUCACUUUCGGCGGAUUCUACACAUCAACGCUCAGGCCCGUGAAGUUCUGUUGGGAGCUACUGGGUCACUUUCAAUGACUUCGUUUGGACUUGACGGCACUAUAGAGCUGAUGAUGCGGACGCAAGCCGAGCUCACGUACACCUCGCUCUGUAUACCGGACGACAUUCGCGCUCGAGGACUCGAGUCCAUCCCCAACUUCUACUACAGAGAUGACGGCCUUAAAGUCUGGGACAUCAUCCACAGAUUCGUGAAGGGUGUAGUGGAGCACUUCUAUCAUUCCGACAGUGAGGUUGUCAAAGACUCUGAGCUCCAAGGAUGGAUGCAUGAGAUAUUCAUUCGCUGCUUUUUAGGGGAUAAGUCCUCAGGGUGUCCAGAGGCCUUCCAAAAUGUUGAGGAAGUGGUCAAGUUUAUCACCAUGGUGAUCUUCACAGUUUCAGCUCGACAUGCUGCCGUCAAUAACGGACAGUUUGACUACCAGGCGUUCCUUCCCAAUGCUCCUUUAAUGUUGCGCAAGCCGUCUCCACGCGCCAAAGGGCAGUCCGGCAUGACGACCAUUUUGGAGACGCUCCCAAACAUUGACGAGACGGUCAAGGCGGCGCACCUUCUAAAUGUGCUCGCAGUGGACGACUCCGAUUCUGUCCGACUGGGUUCAUACCCCGAAGAAAGAUUCCAAGAGCCUGAAGUCAAGCAGAUGAUGAAGGAGUUUCAAGCGGAGUUGUCCAGCCUUAGUGAAGUCAUCAAGGCCAGAAACGCAAACCUUGUCGUGCCCUACACAUAUCUGGACCCGAGUCAAAUGGACAACAAUAUCAUUCAUUAAGUGCGAAGGUUUUCUUUGGAUGACGCGUAUGCUGGAAGGUCUUUUCAACUUACAAUGUGGCGUGUUGGUGUAGGAACCGGCGAGAGUUAUAAAAAAGCUGUUCGCACAUUUAUUCGGUAGUCUUGAUAUCCAGAUGAAGGUCCAUGUACUAGUACGCUUUAUCCUCACUAGUAAGACCAUCCAGCGCACUACUAGAACAACUGUGCCUUACUCGUAACUUUUAUCACACACGACACUGCGUUCCAAAUUAUUAUGCAAACAACACUUUUCUCAGAUUUUCCUAAAUAGGCGAUGCAAAUGACAUCAUCAUUUUCAUGUCAUCGACCCAAUCGAGUGUAUCAUUCAAAUGUUUUGGAACAAAGUCUUUUUUUUAAAGGAAGGAAAUUAACAUAGACUCUUCCAAAUUACGGCGGCACGGUGGGCGACUGGUUAGAGCGUCAGCCUCACAGUUCUGAGGUGCGGGGUUCAAUCCCCGUCCCCGCCUGUGUGGAGUUUGCAUGUUCUCCCCGUGUCUGCGUGGGUUUUCUCCGGGCACUCCGGUUUCCUCCCACAUCCCAAAAACAUGCAUUCAUUGGAGACUCUAAAUUGCCCAUCGGCAUGACUGUGAGUGCGAAUGGUUGUUUGUUUGUAUGUGCCCUGCGAUUGGCUGGCAACCAGUUCAGGGUGUACCCCGCCUCCUGCCCGAUGACAGCUGGGAUAGGUUCCAGCACGCCCGCGACCCUAGUGAGGAGAAGCGGCUCAGAAAAUGGAUGGAUGGAUGGAUGUUCCAAAUUAGGACAAACAACAGCGUUUUACAAGAACUGAAAAUGGUCAUUUGUUGAAUUUGCAGCACUAAGAGGUCACAUUCACUGAAAUCAACAAAAAACAUCUUCAGAGGUCAAUUUACAUUUUACAUUUGGGACAACUAAGUGUUAUUACUAAGGCAAAAAUACUAGCGGGCAUUUUGGCGCUACUAGUAGAGUCCAGGAGGUUACUAGUGUGUGACGCAUGCCUAAUAGUUUGGCCUACUAGUGCAGCCGGUGCAGUUAAAGUAUACUUUAAUGGCCUACGAGUAGGCCAAAAGUCCCGUUAGAAGUGAAAAAACCCCCAAAACAUUACUAGUAAGACAAUCAUUAUACUAGUGUGUUGAAUGAAUUGUCUUGUUAGAGAGGAAGAGAGCCCGCUAGCUGGAUAUCUAAUACAGUAUAUGCUCCAACGGCUUUCUCAACAGUGAUUUGGGUGGUAUGGUCAUCGACUGUAUUUGGACUUUUGUUGAGCAUGCAAAGAGUUAAACAUAUGCAAACUAUAUGCAGGUUAUUAGCGUUUCUGCUUCUCUGCGUUAGCUUGCUUUCACGAUAGCAUCACGGGAAAAUGCUGAUGACCCCGCGCAAUAAUCUCCUUGUCGUUCUUUCAACUGUCAGAAAAGUAUGUUUUUUUUUGGUUCUAAAAGUUGAAAAUAAAAGGUGGAUUGCUGUGUUGAA